GUGUGUGUUUGUUGGCGCGCGCUGCUUAUACGCGUAUGCCCGCGUGCGUGUUGCUGAGUCAGGCGCGACCAUUCUCUGCUCAGUCCGUUGCUCUCUCUCACUCGCGCGCGCUCUCUCUCUCUCCCUCCAGUUGUUCUUUGCCACCGAGACUUUGUUUUAUCCGCCGACGUCAUUCAUGUGGUCUGGCCGCCGAGGCGCGAGGCUGCCCUCUCCUCGUCGCUAAUUGUGUUUCCUACCGACUGACAACUUGUUUUGUCUGUUAGCGCAUUGGCUGCCCAUGGGCGCAGCUGUACACACACACACACACACACACACGCGCGCACUCUCUGCUGCUCCGCCGGCUGGGCUGUCCGGUGCACCUCUGCGGUGGGUUCGGGACGGUAUCGGGGUCUCCGCUUUUAUGAAUGAAUAACGAGACGGGGAAAUGCGAGUGACCGCGAAACUCCCCAGCAGCAGCCGUGCUCCCGGGGGGGGCAGCCACCGAUGAGAGGGAUUAACGACGGAGCGGAGCCGCGGCUCAUUGCGGAAAAGCCGUGUCUGACUGCAGACUGGCGAGGAAAACGCACCGCGAGGGUAACGGGCUCCAUAGCGUAGAGCAGCUGAACGAAACCGCGGUGACCACAAUGUCCAUCCAAAUCGUGGCUCUGGGCAGCGAGUGCCCCGGAGGGGUCGGCUCCGGGGAGGAGAUCAUGGGCCAGGGGCAGCUCCAGGGAGGCCUGCUGUGGAGCUACCUGGGCCACGGAGCGCUGGUGGGACCCUGCGACCUGGAGAGCAGCAUGCACAACCCGGCCUUCAUGGAGUACACCUCGCGCGUGUUCGGAGACGUCACUGUAGUGGUUCGGGAUUGCCCCAGCUGGGACUUGUUGGACAGCGAUUGGGCAAGCGUACGGAAAGUUCUUGAGCAGGCUGACAUCCUGGUCAUUAAAUAUUCAGUCACAGACAAGCUGGCCUUCCAGCAGGUGAGGAACGGCUACGCCCCGAGACUCCGCCCGCUCCUGAGGCACUGGGGUGUGCCCGUCAUCCUGGUCGCUGUUGGAGCGCGGCUGAACGAUGAAGGCCCUCCAUGCACGUGCCCACUGUGUGCGUCUGACUGGAGCAGCUGUGUGCCUCACAGUGAAGGUCUGCAGCUGUCCCGGGACCUGGGGGCCACCUACCUGGAGUUGCCCUCUCUCAACCACGUCUUUGUGGGGCGCUACUUUGGCAGCGUGCUGGAGUACUUCAUGAUUCAGUGUCUGAAACACAAAGCCAAAGAGAGGCCGGAGAAGAGGCGAGGAAAUAAAGUGAACGAUCUCCGUCCCCCUCACUUAGAACAACCAGCACGUCUCCCCCCCAUCCGAGUAGAGGAGUCCAGCUUCUCCCAGGACAUGCAGUGGUUGUUGGAGCGUGGCGUGCAGUUCGCCGAUGUGGCUUUCUAUGCCGGGGACUCUGGGAAAGAGCUGGGCUGGGCGCAUGCGGCUGUGCUGUGCGCUGUCAGUCCGUACUUCAGACAGCUGCUCCUGGGGCCCAAGAACAGGGAACGUCCCCAGUCGCGGUGUGUUUGCAGAGAGCGGGAUGGAGGCCCUCCUUCGCUGCUCUCCACCUGGGACGGUGGGAUUAUUGAUGACUUGCCACGAACAGAGGGGCACCUGACAGGACGCCUCUCCCGUCUGGUGGUGAAGGACCCCCUACUGUGUAUGUGCUUGUGGGAGACUCUCAUGUUCAUUUAUAGAGGAGCGUGGGAGUGGGAUCACCUUCAGGAGGCCCUGGAAGAGAAGCUGAAGAACUCACUAGCUGUGGCUGAGCUUAUGGAGCGCAUACGAUCCCUCAUCGGCAAAGAAAAGGGUACCAGGGACACGCCGAGUGCCCGGGCAGCUCAGCUCGGCCCCCAGACUCUAGUCAACCUCUUCAAUUCUCCUCUUUACUCCGAUGUCAUCUUCAUGGUGCAAGGGAGUGUAUUGCCAGCCCACCGAGCAGUGCUGGUGGCACGCUGUGAUGUCAUGGCGGCCAUGUUCAGUGGGAAAUAUGCAGAGGCCCGGAGCAGAGUGGUGCCUAUCCACGGAGUCUCCUCAGAUACCUUCCUGUCUUUCCUGGAGUACCUCUACACUGACUCCUGCUGUCCUGCCAGUGUGCUGCAGGCCAUGGCCGUGCUGGUCUGUGCGGAGAUGUACCAGGUGAAGCGUCUGCAGCAUCUGUGUGAAGUGUGCGUGUGCGCUUACCUUCAGAGCAUGCCCAGUAGAGAGCUCUCGUCCACGGGCAUCAGCGUGAUUCGACUGCUCCGCCGAGCAAAGUGCCACAAUGCAGAGCAGCUGUAUAUCUGGCUCCUCCACUUCAUCGCCAACAACUACCUGAUCUUUAGUCACAAACCUGACUUCCUGGAGCUCUCAGAGGAGGAGCGCGAGCAGGUGGAGAGGCUACGCUGGCCGUCCAGAGGAUACCUGCAGGAGCUCAGCGAGUACCAGCAGCGGCGACGCAAGUUGCGCAAGUCCCGCUGCAUAGUCAUGUGACCCCCCCCACCCGGAUGCCUGGAGACCUGUGCAAAACAGUGAGGAGAGCAGAGGAAGGGAGAAAAUAAAGAGUGAGACGAGUCAUCGACACAUGGAGAAACAGACAGAAUAAAGUGUUUCCUGUGCUGGAUGAAGGGCCGACUCUGAGGGACACCGAGAGGUCACGAGACUCCUCAACCAAAAGGACAACGUUGUGCAGUGACACACACCGCUGAGACACGCCUCUCUUCCCCCGGAGGAAUGACUGUGCAUCCUUUUGUGUAAUGACUAUUCAACACGGGCCAUACUAAACGACUGAUCCUUGAAACCCAAUAUGAAUUUAAAAACGACCAGCUGGCCCACGGUGAACGAUUAUCUUUCUACUGCAAAAUGGUGAAUAUCUACUUUGAACAGUGACACAAAAUGGCUCCAAAACAGACUGGGAUCGUUGAUGUGACUUUGUUUGAAAAGGCAGAAAGGAAACUGCUCCUGCUCUCCUGCUCUUUAGAAUGUCUGUAUCUUCUGCACACUGGACUUAUCAGUCUUAAAUUAAAACCCUGGCCCAUGAUGCAUCUGUGACCUCUUGGAUCUAGAAAUUGUGGACGUGAUCACAUGCAGCAUUGCUUAAGCUGAAAUAAGUCUUGAGCCUCUAACUUCUUUGCGGCUCUAUCGGUAUUUCAGGAGAAGUGGUAAUGCUGCAGGUGGAACGUUCACGACCGCUUUCUUCUGUCUGUUUAAAAACUAAUGUUCAGCAGACGAGCAGGACCAAAUUCAAUACAAUUAUUGUAUUAACAUUCUUUCAGAUAUAUGAUGCGAGAUGAAAUACAUUCUGGGCGUCGGCUGUGUCAAAAAAUGACUUGAAAUGAAAUCUUCAAAUUAAACUACACAUCGCCUGUAUGAAAAAUCAAGUACACCAAAUCCAGAACAAUAAUCAGUGUUUUUUUAAAUUUAAUUUAAAGCCUGGACUUUUACACCACUUCCUUUGCAGGUUUAUAUGACAUCACGUUGAAACUAUUCCGUAUCUCUUUGCAAUAACACAUGCUAAUGGUCUGUCUCUGUCUGUCACAUGAAAUGGCAAAAGCCUCCGGUAGCAUUUAUGUGGACAGAAGUGGUAUAAAGAUUUAGGAGAAACAACCAUAUCAUGAACAUAAGUUGGUACAAUAAAAACCACAAUGCCUCUGGGUG